AUAUUAAUGCCUCAGUAAAAUAGUGUAAAAUAUUUUUUUUGUAUCCAUAAAAUUACUUAAAUUAUUAUAAUCUUUUUUAUAUAUUAUAAAAAUUGAUUGUCUUACGAUCUGCCACAGUACUCUGCCUAUGAUUCUGAAACAUGAAAAUGAAUAGUCUAAAAAAUAUCUUUCGGCCUACAAUGCCUAUGUCCAAAAAUAUUUUGUUUAAACCAGAUGAACUCAUAUCCAACAGUCAAAAAUUAAUGUUGGAACUCGGUCUUAUCAGGCAAAGUGCCAAUGGAUUAUACCAUCUACUACCACUUGCUCAACGGUCUUUGGAUAAACUGAUUUGUAUUAUAAACAAAAACAUGAUGGACAUUGGUGCUCAGAAAAUUUCUAUGCCAGUAUUAAUACAGAGUAGUUUAUGGAAAAAAUCAGGUCGAUUGAGCAAAAACAUGGAAGACUUAUACAUAGUGAAGGAUCGCAAAAAUAAAGAGUUCCUCCUAAGUCCGACUCAUGAAGAGGUCGUUACGAAUUUAUUUAGUUCAGAUCCCAAAACAUACAAGCAGUUACCUUUAAUGUUGUAUCAAAUUGGGACAAAAUUCAGGGAUGAGAUCAGGCCUAAGUUGGGCAUCAUCAGAUCCAGAGAGUUUCUUAUGAAAGAUUUAUAUUCUUUUGAUAAAGAUGAAGUGAAUGCUGUUGAUACAUAUAACAAAAUAUGUCAAGCCUAUGAAAAUAUAUUCAAACAGAUUGGUGUUAAAUUCAUUAAAGAUGUAUUUAAUUUGACUAUAGUUGAAGGAUCAUCAGGAAUGAUGGGUGGCAGUCAGUCCCAUGAAUUUCAUUAUCCUUCCGAAGUCGGCGAUGAUACACUAUUGCUAUGUAACAACUGUGGAUUCGGAAUGAACAAAGAAGUAUCAUCAGAUUUGAUCAAGUGUCUCAAGUGCUCUAGUACUAACAUUGAAUGUACAAAAGCUAUUGAGGUCGGCCAUACUUUCCUACUUGGUACAUUUUAUUCAAAGGCUCUGUCUGCUAAGUAUUUAGACUCUGACGGUACUUCGAAACCCCCGUAUAUGGGUAGUUAUGGUUUGGGUGUUUCCCGAAUAAUUGGAGCAUCAGUAGAAUGUCUCAGCACACAAGAAAUAAUCCAGUGGCCAAAGUCUUUGUCUCCAUUUACAGUGUGCAUUAUUCCAGCCAAAGAAGGCAGUAUCGAGGAAAGAAUCUCGGAAAAUAACUUGUUCACUCUUUACAAUAACUUAACAGAAAUAUUUGGAGAGGAUAUUGUUGUUGAUGAUCGAACUCAUAUGACGAUUGGCAAGAGAUUUAUUGAAGCAAAGAAAUUAGGAUUUCCAUUUGUUAUCAUAGUGGGAAAGAAAGUUACUGAAAGUCCUUCAUUAUAUGAACUGUACAAAUCAAGCACUAAGAAAUCUGAACAUUUUGAAUUUGGUAGUUUGAUUGAUAUUCUGAAAAAACAAUGUAAUCAACAAAAUACAUAAGUAUUCCUUAUCCCUUAGUUGUUAUCUUUAAAUUAAUUGUUGUAAUAAUUAGAUUUUUAAUUAUAAAUUAUUUUCCAAUUCAUAUACAAA